AUGCAGGGGCCGAAAUUCGCCGGGGGCGAGAAAGUCGACACAUCUCGCAGUUCUCGCUGUUCCCCUCCCACGUCGCUCUCUCCCGAGCGUGCCGGCGGAGAGAAAGGCGACGCCGAAGCAGAGCACAACGGAGACAAGCGAGAAGACGAACAAGACGACGAAGAGGGUGAAGACGAUGAACAAGACGACGAAGAGGGUGAAGACGAUGAACAAGACGACGAAGAGGGUGAAGACGAUGAACAAGACGACGAAGAGGGUGAAGACGAUGAACAAGACGACGAAGAGGGUGAAGACGAUGAACAAGACGACGAAGAGGGUGAAGACGAUGAACAAGACGACGAAGAGGGUGAAGACGAUGAACAAGACGACGAAGAGGCCGAAGACGAACAAGAUGACGAAGAGGGUGAAGACGAUGAGGAAGAAGACAGAGGUGAUGGGAGAGACGACGAAGAGAGAGGAGAGGAGACGGGAAAAGAGGGAGAAGACGCGAAAUGA